GAUGACCACAGACAAAGGGUUUUCUCGGAGGAGGAUACGAUGACCGGCGGUGAGGUUAAGGGGACCGUGACCCCCUUCGACUCCGUCUUCUCGCCGGCGGCGGUUCGUGAAGCGGCGGCGAAGGUCCAUGACUCCAUUGCCGACCACCAGAAGGAUCUCGCCCGUGUCCAAGGCUUCAUCUCCGACAACACCAACCUCAUCAACCUCGUCCGGCACCUCCCCGACGAGCUCUCCCACGAUAUCAUGGUGCCGUUCGGUGGGGCAGCGUUCUUCCCGGGAAAAUUGAUCCACACCAAUGAGUUUCUGGUGCUGUUGGGGGAAGGAUACUAUGCAGAUCGAACUGCAAGGCAAACUGUAGAGAUUCUUAAAAGGAGAGGGAAGUCCUUGGAGUUGCAAGUGGAAUCCUUGAAGGCGAAGAUGAUGAACCUUGAGGCGGAAGCGAAGUUUUUUGAUUCAACAGCAACUGAUGCUGCUGAAGGUCUUGUAGAAAUAAUGGAAGACUAUGUCGAAGAACCGAAUAAAAGCAAACCUGAAUCAAGUAUGACAACAGGACCGCCAGUUGCUGACUUGGAAAAAGAUAUUUCAGAUUCAAAUGGUGCUUCAAUAUCAGACAAUGCAAGAACAUCUACUGCAGAUGAUGAAUAUGCUCAAAUAAUGGCCAUGUUGGAUGAACGUGAAAAAGAAGAACUUGAGCAUGAGAAUGCUUCUGGCACCAAUAAAGAGUUGGGUGAAUUUGAAGCAGAGGCACCUGCAGAAGAUGAUUCCAGCAGUGAUGAAGAAGAGAUAGUUGAAGCAGCUACUGGUUCCUCCACUUCACCGCAUUCUGUUAAUAAUAAAGGAAAUGAGAUUUUCCAGAAGAAUAAGCUUGAGAAUCCACUACAAGAUUCAAACUGUGAAAUAUCGGGAAAACCUAUUGGCGGCAACCUGCAACAAUAUGUUAUGGAACAGUCUCAGGAUUCUUCUGGUAAUGCCGGGAAACAAACUUCUCGAACAGGAUUUAGUGCACGCAGAUCUUUCACAGGAUCCAUCAUUGAGCACGACGAUGCUAACCUACCAAAAAGUUCUUCGAAUCAGUCUACCAGUUCAAAUCCUGCAAAGCCGGUUUCAAGAUUCAAGAUGCAGAAAGGAAACCGAUGAAACCGAACAAAAGAUUAUAGCUAUGAGAAAUGUUUCCCUUUGAAUCAAAUCUGUAAACCAAACAAGAGAUUAAGCCAUCAGUUUUAAUAUAUUUACUCUGAACUUUAAUGAGAAA